CCCCGCCGAGGCAGAAACGGAGAGAGAGACCCCGGCCCCCCGGUUAUCACCGAGUCUCCAGCAUCACCAAUGCGACGGCAUCGCGGCUUCUGCACCAAAACUACCAGACUAGACUCAGAUCAGCAGGGCUGUCAUCCACCAUGAACCUCUGAAAUAUCCGACACAGGCACAGAUGGGAUGAAAAUGCGGCGGCACAGGGUGUUCUUACUGUGCACGGUGGGCCUGUGCGUCAUCUCCUUCCUCCACUACUACAAGGCCCUCCACUAUGUCUCCCUGCUGCGCGAGCUCUCCGCCCCAUACCCCAACAUCAAGUCCUUCAUCAUGGUCACCGGCUUCUUCUGGAGGGAGAAGGGCGUGGCCGCCACCCCGCUCAGCCCCGCCUCCCCCGAAGAGGCCCCUCCCCUACCUGUUCUCCGUCAGUCGGACAACAAAGCUAGAGGUGCGGCGGGUGCUAUGGGCGGAGGAGGAGGAGGAGGAGAGAUGGCUCUGGGGAUUGGGGGGGUCAUGGUUGGAGGUGCUGGGAUUGUUGGCAAUGCAGGGCUGGAGAUGAGGCUGAGGGAGGAUCCGGUAGCCCUUCACCCCUGGGAGAAACCAGAGGAGAACCAGCACGGAGACUCUCCGAAUGAGGAGAUAGCUGAAGAACAUUUGAAGCCACGGAACCCCAGCCACCAAGCUCAACCUGCUGGGCCUAACCUCUCAGAGGUCCCAUUGAUUAGGAAAGAACACCGGUCGGUGCUCCUCAAGGAUCAAUUGCCGGAGCCCUUAGAAUCCAUGGGAGACCUCCACACCCGCACUCACCAGCUUCAAGAUGAUAAAACACCUUACUUUGUUAGAACCAAAGCUGGAGCUCUUUGCUUCCGGCAGGGGACGGAGGUGGCUACCCCAAAGGAGUACUCUGGGAAAUCAGGGGGAGCUGUGGCCAAUGGAGCUGGGGAAGGUGCUCGGGCCGGGGCUGCUGGGCAACGGAAACCUCUGCAAGUCCAGCAGCAGCCCUCCAUUGUGCCAAAAGCCAAGGCAAGGGCCAGGGGCAAUGGGAAGCGGCUGGUCAAGUGUGUUUGUCGGCCCGGAUGGCACGGACCUUACUGUGGGGUUCCCACCAUGGUCUACCACUCCAAUCUUCCUACCAAGGAGAGGCUAACACCCAGAGAGACCCCGCGGAGGGUGAUCAACGCUAUCAAUGUUAACCACGAGUUUGACCUGCUGCACGUACGCUUUCACGAGCUCGCCCAAGCCGUUGAUCUGUUCCUCGUAUGUGAAUCUAACUUUACUGCCUAUGGAGAGAAACGGCCUCUGAGUUUCCUGCGGCUUCUCCUCAACGGUACGUACGACUACAUACGUCACAAGAUCCUGUAUGUGUUCCUCGACCACUUCCCAGAGGGUGGUCGGCAGGACGGCUGGAUCGCUGAUGACUACUUGCGUACCUUCUUGACACGCAACGGCAUGUCCAGGGUGGUGGGCGUCACGUCAGACGAUGUCUUCGUCAUCAAUGACGCCGAUGAAAUCCCAGCACACGAGGGCCUCCUUUUCCUCAAGCUAUUUGAUGGCUGGACAGAACCUUUCGCCAUCCACAUGCGCAAGUCACUGUAUGGAUUUUUCUGGAAGCAGUUCGGCUCUCUAGAGGUGGUAUCAGGUUGCACAGUAGGGAUGCUCCGGGACGUCUACGACGGUGACGGUAUCAAACUGCGCCGUCGUGAAUACUACACCAUGCCAGGUUUCCGCAAGUACGAGAAUGACACAGGCCACAUCCUGGUGCAGUGGUCGGUAGGCAGCCCCUUCCACUUCGCUGGUUGGCACUGCUCCUGGUGCUUCACGCCGGAGGGGAUCUACUUCAAGCUGGUGUCAGCGCAGAACGGAGACUUCCCGCGUUGGGGCGACUACGAGGACAAGCGAGACCUGAACUACAUCCGUGAUCUGAUCCGGACGGGGGGUUGGUUCGAUGGCUCCCUGCAGGAAUAUCCUCCAGUGGACCCCAAAGAGCACAUGUAUGCCCCCAAGUACAUGCUGGAGCACUAUGACAGAUACCGCUACCUCCUGGAGAACCCUUACAACAAAGUGUCCAGACUGAGUGAGGGCUAGGGGUUCAGCUGGGCAAAAAUACGUGAAAUAAAUAGUAGGGCCCGAGCGAGGCCUCAGCACUGAGUUGGAGGGCGGAAUCAUACUGAUGAAUUACAUCUCUCAUUGGAGUGAUACUAAAUGUAUCUCCACUAAGCAGCACUGAUGUUGCAGGGAUUUAAAAUCUCUUAAAAAUCAUUAUUUUGGGGUCAAAAAAGGGAACACUGAAUCACAUCCAUCAUGGAUCUAUGGAGAGAUCAUUGAGAGGAUACAGCCACUGGAUAAAGAAAAUCGUAAAUUUCCUCAUUCCUCCCUUUUUGGGGGAGGAAAUAAUCUUUCUCUCUUUUUGUCACCCUAAACCCUUACCUCCAUUUCUUCAUCCAAUCUGAUUCGACAGGCCUGCUGUCUGAGAGAAAAGGGUUACUCAGAAGAAAAUCAAGGGAUAUUUUGCAGGCGUGUGAAACCUGUUGAGAGGAAGUGAAGGACUGUUUUUCGUUUCUGUCUGUGUUUACUAAAGGUUACGGACCGGUUGACGUUUCCACUUCACUCGCCGCCUUCAAAUGUCUUCCUGUCAUAUUUGGUGAUCUCCUUCCAGAAACAAACACACGUUCAGAUGUUAUGUUUUUCUCGGGUCUCGGUAGAAGAUUCUAAAUCGCAUUUAAAUCCUGCUGGAGUGCCCAUCGCCAAAUGAAAAGGAGUGACUCCAGGGAGAUGUUUCAGCUCAUUCGUGUACUCACACAUCCACAUGCACCUUUCAAGCUGUCUGUGUGUUUGUAAAAAAGUGUGUGUGGUCUGUCU